AUGAGCUACUCAUCUGCUUCAAGUUUGGCUCAUCAAGUUUCCCCUAUUGGUGUUCCGUCGAGAUGCUGGUGUGGAGAGGAUAUCAUCACAUACACAUCGAAGACAAAGGAUAAUCCAUACCGAAGAUUCUACAGAUGCUCGAUUGCGUUGAUGUUUGGGUAUUUGAUCUUAUUUGAUGUUUACUUGCGGAAGAAUGAGAACCAUUUGUUCAAGUGGGUUGAUGAAGCUUUGUUAGACGAAAUUAACAUGGUUGAUGAGAAGUGGAAGAGAGUUUCCGAAGAUGUCGAUGAUUUGAGGAAGCAGAUGAUGGCUAAUAUGGAACUGCAAAACGAAAUCUUUAAGAAGAUUGACGAAGAGAUGGUUAAGAAGAUUAGUGAGAACAUUGAGAGUGAACUCGUGAUCAUAAAGGAUAAUGUGGAGGAGUUGGGUCAUGUUAUGGUUAGAUCAGCUUUUAAGACAGCAGGUGUUGCAGCUGUAAUUGUUUGUUCACUUGUUUGGAUAUGGGGAAGAAUGUAG